UCACCCUCCUCCUCCUCCUCCUCCUCCUCUCCGGGCACCAUGUCUGCAGGGGGAGAUUUUGGGAACCCACUGAGAAAAUUCAAGUUGGUGUUCCUGGGGGAACAGAGCGUCGGGAAGACAUCUCUGAUCACAAGGUUCAUGUAUGACAGCUUUGACAACACAUACCAGGCCACCAUUGGGAUCGACUUCUUGUCAAAAACCAUGUACUUGGAGGAUCGUACGGUCCGUCUGCAGCUCUGGGACACAGCCGGCCAGGAGAGAUUCCGCAGCCUGAUUCCCAGCUACAUCCGGGACUCCACGGUGGCCGUGGUGGUGUAUGACAUCACAAAUCUCAAUUCCUUCCAGCAAACCUCCAAGUGGAUCGAUGACGUCAGGACGGAGCGGGGCAGUGACGUCAUCAUCAUGCUCGUGGGCAACAAGACCGACCUGGCCGACAAGAGGCAGAUUACCAUCGAGGAAGGGGAGCAGCGUGCCAAAGAGCUCAGCGUCAUGUUCAUUGAGACCAGCGCCAAGACCGGCUACAACGUGAAGCAGCUCUUCCGACGUGUGGCGUCUGCUCUGCCCGGCAUGGAGAACGUCCAGGAGAAAAGCAAAGAAGGAAUGAUCGACAUCAAGCUGGACAAACCCCAGGAGCCCCCAGCCAGCGAAGGUGGCUGUUCCUGUUAAUGUAGAGUCGGAGCCCUCCUCUUCUCCCCGCCCCCUCCAACACCGCUUCCUCCAACACCACGUGCUUGUUGUGUGGCUUCCUAUUGGUUAGCUUCCUAAUAGGGUGGGAAAUGAGUUGAUCAAGAUGGGAGGAUUUUUUUCUUUCUUUCUUUUCUCUCUCUCUCUAGGAGUCAGGUGGGAUGGGGAGGGAGGAUGGGUAUCAGGGAAUGACAUCACUUUAACAAGCCGUCACUUAUACAACUAUUUUUUUUUUGGGUUUGGUUGUAAUAUAUUGUACUUUAUUAAGAUGGCCAAAAACUGUUAAAAUUUAAAAAAAAAACAAAGAAGUUUAAAUCCUGUGUAUACAACUUUUUUGCCAGAUGAUACAAGAAAAAUGUAGUCUCUUUUUUUUUAUUUGAAAGAUGUGCUUUUCUUCUUCUUUUCUUUUUCUUUUGUAUAUUUGUAAACUUCUAACCUUUUCCAUGCACCUCCUUCUUCCUGUCCUCUUUCCCAUUCAUUACCUUGGCCUUCCUCCCAUCAACUCCAGCCUGGUAAUAUUUAAAAAACAACAACAAAAAACAAUGAACGGAACAAAUGUAAUUAGGUUCUAGUCUCAGGCCAUCCAGCCCUAACCGACCAGGUUACUUCUAUCUCUGCAUGGUCAAAUGCAACAUUGGUGACAUGGAGACAGACUCUGAAGAGACAGCUACAGAGCCCCUGAGCCGAAAGGAACAAACAGGGAACCGCUUCUGUCUCUCCUCCCCAUUCCCUGCCACCACCCUCCUCUCCCCAUCCAAGUUGACCUGCAGAGCAAGAGGUCAUGGGAAGGACCGGUUGCCGUGGUGACGUGUGUGUGAUAAGACUCUGGGGUUCCCCAUUGUAAUUCUGAACCUUAUUCAGCCGGUGGUCCACACACAGAGCUGGUGUGACUCUUGAGAAACUCCAUGGAUGUGUGAUGCUGUAUCCAGAACUUGAGAGUCUGUGCCACUUAUGAUCUGAGUGGGGUUGAG